CUGAAAGCAUAUGGGGCAAUUUCCCAUUGACUGUAAUGUAAUUGGCCAAGAGCCCCAGUACCAGCUCCAAAUGUGCAGGGGCAGUUCAGUUGGAAAUUCAGGGUAGAGCUUGAUUUCUGUAGACCUAUGUUUUUUUUACGUGAGCCCUACAUUGUAGUAAUAGCCCUUUAAAAUAAAGUGUCAGAAACCGCAGCUUUCUCUGGAUCCCCGAGCCAUGUUUAUUGGCAAGAAGAGCUGCAUUUCCGAUGUUGCAAAGAACAUGUUGGCCAGAGCCCAAUUUGACAACAAAGCCGACAGCCCAGAUGAACUGACCUUCCGUAAAGGGGACAUCCUAACCGUGUUAGAUCAAAACAUCCCUGGUAGCGAAGGUUGGUGGCGAUGUUACCUUCAUGGACGCCAGGGUCUCGUCCCCGCCAACCGCCUUCAGCUCUUUACUAUAAUAAAGAAUGAUACUCCAUCUGUCCAGAGCUACUACGGCACCCUUGGAAGGCAACAGUCCCAACAGAACAUCUACCAAGUGCCCUCAGCACCCAAAAUCACAAGUCUGCCAACAUAUGAGCAGAUGGAUAGUGUUUAUAUAGUGCCACUGACUCCAAAAUCGCUUUCCGGUGAUCUAUACCAGACUCCUGUUUCUUCACCAGCGCAAAUAUACUAUGAGAAAGCCAACGGCUCCUCCAGCCAGCAUUUAUUCACUCUCCCGCGGGCCUGCCGAGCCUCAAAGCCAGCAUCUAUAACACAAUCGGAGCUGUACGACGUUCCCCCUUCAGUACACAACACACCUCCCAGCCACCAGAGCUCUGCAGCUCCAUCUCCUGUUGGCCGCCGUUCUCCUUUUUCAACGUCGCCUGAGCAAAUACAGCAGCAGAUCUAUGACAUCCCGGCCGGCACGGACACUCAAGGACGACGAGGUCUCGCAGAGAUCUAUGAUAUUCCGCCAAGUGGGAAAUCUCCGCAGGACAAAAAAGACGCUUCAAUCAAGGGUUGCUAUUACAACACUUUACCGGCCCCCCGCAAAUCAGACUGGAUUUAUGAUGUCCCCGUGUCUCCAGAGAGGAAUGAUACAAAAACUUGCCGUAAGAUAUCUCUAGACAGACAAAUGGUCUACGAUGUUCCGCCAACACGGUACGGAAGCAGCACCGAUGGCACCUGUGUAACAGGCCAGAUAUACAACACUCCGCCCUUGCAAAAAGCAUCACCGGCGGCCUGCCAGAAUGUUUAUGAUAUCCCACCUUCCCUGGAUUUGGGAUAUGGGAGCAUGAAGAAAAACACCUCGUGCAUUUGGAAACAGAGAGCCGAGAAUAUCAGUUCCAAGGAAAAUGUCUACGACAUUCCAAGAGGAUCGACAGGAGCUUUCUUGGCCAAGACUGAAAUGACCAGUCCUGCUAGUGAUACGCCUAUCUAUGAGGUUCCUCCACCGCUGCCCAGGUAUAGGAAAGUAUCCCUAAACUCAGCCGAAACUGAUAGGUUAUCAAUAUCGAGUUCGGAAAGCUGCACCAGUACGUUGUCUUCUUCAUCAUCUGCUUCCGAUGAAUCCUUCACCAUGUCAUUGCCAGAGGUUUCAAUCAAAGAGGAGACUCUAGAGCUUGACGUGGCCAUAAAGGAGAUCACCCAACUGCAGGAGAGGGUGUCCAGCUCCAUAGCAAGUCUCAUGAUCUUUGUCAGCAGCAAGUGGCGGUUACAAGAGCACAUGGUGGCCAACCUGGAAGACAUCCACAAAGCGGUUGACAGUAUCAUAGCCUCCCUGCAGGUGUUUCUUGACUUUGCACAGAGGAUAAGGGCCAAUGCUUCUCAGCUGAAGGACAGUAACAUUCAGUUAAGAAUUAAGACCCAAUUACAGACUCUUAUGGAUUCUUUCCAGAUGCUCUUUCUUAACAAGGAAGUUAUUGACCGCUGUAACUGGUCACUGCAAGCCCUUGUGAUGGACAAGCCACUUACAAGUCCGGAUGACCUUGAUCGCUUUGUCAUGGUGGCCAGAACGAUUCCCGAUGACAUCAAACGGUUUGUUUCCAUCAUCAUCGCUAAUGGGAAGCUCCUUUUCCGUAAGCGUGAGGAGCAAACAAAGCCGAAGGAGGAAAUAAUCCUAUCGAAGCCUCAGGUUCCACCACACAAAGACCCCAAUGUAGGCCAGCAAUCGGCAUGUGUAAACAAAGCAGAAAACAUAAGGCACAGAAAACACCCACUCCCAAGGCAAAAAACAGUAGACGACAGUGAUUAUGUUCACUUGCAGAAAAAAGAAGAAUUUGAGAGGGCGAAGGCCAUCUUUUCACAUCAGCAGCUUGAAAAUAAAAUACAAACUGAAGAAAAGAGGAAAGGCUGGAUCACACCAGAGUCUUUGAUUUCUGGGAGCGAGAAGCAGGAAAAGAAGGAUGAAUUACCCACAAUGAAGGAGCCCUCCAGCCCAACACCAAAACAAGACGUUGCACAUUCACCAGAAUCGCCCAAGAAAUUUAACCUCUCCGAGCACUCCUGCCUCUACUUCGGGGCCCUUCAGAAAGCCAUUGGGGUUUUCAAUAACAGUCUUAGCAACAACCAGCCCCCCGAGAUCUUUAUCACUCACGGCAAGCUCAUCAUAAUGGUGGGGCAGAAACUAGUAGACAGCGUAUGUCAAGAUGUUAAGUCCAGCGAAGUCCGCAAUGAUGUUCUAUUUAAGAGCAGUGAGCUUUGUGGCCUACUGAAGAACUUGGCCUUGGCCACCAAGACUGCUGCCAUUCAGUAUCCCAACCCAGCCGCCCUGCGGGACAUGGAAACGAGGAUGGACGAACUAUUAAAACAUACACAGAUAUUCAGGGCUAUGGCAGAAUGAUCAUGCCUCCCAUUCUUCAACUUUGUGUCUUCUUAGAGAAGAUAAAAUGUGCACUGAGCAAGCGGCAUUGAGGAAUCAACAUGAAGAAAGUAGACAUCUCCAUGACUAAAUGGUGAUAGGGCUAGGUUCCCCUGCUAGCUGCCCAGGAGGUCCUUGUAGCUGUACAGGUGGCACGUUGGCACCAUGAAGGGUGUCUGUUCAUCAAGUACCUAGGGACAGUCAGAUGAAGUGGGUAGUGCCUUUUGAGUUGACCUUUAGUCCUUUGUACGCUUUGUAUUUCGCUUUCCGUCAAACAUUGGAUUGUACGAAAGGGCAAGUUCAACUUUACUAACUUAUAGGGGCCUCAUUUUCAGACAGAGAAAAGAAAAGCGAUGGCAACACGUUGAUGAGCCUCCAUUACAGAAUUACUUUAACGGUAGAUUGUGGGUAUGGGAGUAUUUUGGGGAAAAUCAGUGGAUACUCAUCAUUUCACCCCCUUAAGUUUAAAUCUUUUUUGAAAAUAAUUCUUGUUGCCUAUUAUAUCGGCCCAGUAGAAAACCAUAGUCCUGUUCCGCCAACAUAGGAUCUGAUUGGCGCUACAGCAAUAACCAAUCGGAGGCUUUCUUUAUUCUAACUGCAUAAAACUGCUUGAAUCUGAUAUCUGAUGUCUAUUUUAGGUCCCUGCAGAAUUCUGUCUAUGACAAAGGUCCAGUAACACCAAAAGCUAUGAAUCAAUAAACCAGUGUUCUGGGUGUUACUUGUCUUACUGGCACCCAUGGAAAUCCGUUACAUUCAGUAACUUUCAAAAGACAGAAGUUUAAUGUUUCUUUUCCAGUUAAUUAAAUUAAUGGAUUGAAAGUCUACCCAGAGAUUGUUGAUGGGCUGAAAACCUUAUUACAUCUUUAAGAGGCUGAAAAUGCUAGGCUGAUCUGUAGCCCUUGGGGGUGGGGGGGUGGGGGUGGGAGGGAUUGGGGGUGCAAUGUUAUGAACAAUUUUCUCUUGUAAAUGAAUUUAAUGUGAAAUUUUGUACAGAUUUUCUAUCCACUUGUGUAUUUUGAUAAAACAUAUUUAAUACAG